AUAUCCCACUUCUUCACUUUGUCUCAGCCAAGAGAGAGAAAUGAGGAAGAGAUCUAUCCCUUACGCAGUUGCUUUCACCGUCGGCAUUUACCGGCGAGUGCCACCACACGCACAUCACAAUCCGGUAAUAUACAUCAAGGACAAGCCGAUCCAUGGCAAAUCGCACCCAAGGAAGAAGAUCUGAGCUAAAUAAAGGGCGUAGUUUUAAGGGAGUAAAUUAAAAUACUUUGAAAAUAUUUUUUUAAUCAUAGUUAAUUGUAAAAAAUCAAAAUUGGAGAAAUACUGAGACGGAGCAAGUAUUUGUUGGGUGAGGGAGGGAGGACAAAGUACAAACCACUAUAAAUUACCAUUACCGUAGCCACACGAGGGUUCUCUCACACACACAAUAACGUGAAUAAUAUUAUUCCUCAAAAACACAACAAUUCUCUUCUUCAAUUAGCCUCAAAGAAAGAAAAUGGCUCCUUCAGUUCGUUCAGUUGCAGUUUCCAUGCUCUUUGUGUUGUUCCUCCUUGCUACUGAAAUGGGAAGCAGCGAUGCGGCUCUGUGCGACAAGCUGAGCGCGGGUUUCAAGGGGUAUUGUGGGCGUGACAGCGACUGCCACAAGCAAUGCGUUGAUUAUGAGCACUUUUCGAACGGCGAGUGCAAACCCACUGGGUCCGGCUUCUUCAAGAACUCCAAGUGCUUCUGCAAAAAGCCUUGCUAAUUAUGGGGACUUUAAUAUAUAUGGGAAAAAAUUAAAUAAAUAAAUAAAUAAAGGGAAACACUUAUGCACCCCAUUUUUUGACAUCUUGAAAAAAAUUUCACGUGACAAUUAAUGUUGUCAUGAAUUUUUUUUCUUCUUCGUGUCAAAAAAUGAUGUGCACAAGGAAUGGUCCAUGAAUAAAUAUAGUAAUGCUACAACUUCAUGUUAUAUACAUAGACACUAGUCAUGGCACGCCCGUUGCGCGGAAUCGAGUGUCUCGUUGUAAACUUGUGAUUUGGUUCAAUAAUAAACUUUAUUUUGGGGUUUAAGGUUCAAUUCAAUUCGGUCUAUGUUCGUUUCUGUUUUGUAUGUCUUGUAAUCAUAGAUAGCAUAAAUUAAUUAUGUUGUGUGUUAAAUAAAUCAAUGAAAAUGUUGUGUCAGU